UGAUUAUGUAACUAGGAAAUCGAUGCACCCGGCCACUCCGCCAUCAUGGCAGCCGCUCACCCCGAAUAUGUUGCGUGCUUUGAGGCCAGUCUAUGGGCAUUCUUUUCCGGCGAGCCCCCUACCGGCCAGCUCCGUUUUGCACUCCCAGAGGUUGCGAACUCCACUGCUUCCUUGUUCACCAACAUCGCAAAGACCCUCCCUUCGCACUAUUUCAGAGAAUCAGCACCGGCGGCGACGAAAUUAACAAGAACUGUUACGCCGAUGACUACACCACGCAGCAGCAGCUUAAGAGGACUGGCAUGACGCUGACAGUGCCUUGACACGUUCAUACAGACCACUCAUGGUGCACUGAUUGCCCAGGGAAAGACGCCUGUCGUAUGGGAAGAAAUUGGAAUAUUACACUCUCAAACGAGACUAUUGUGAUAUGCUGCAGCAGUGGUAGAAAAGGGUUUCAGGAUCAUCCAAACACCAUCAAAUUACUUCUACUUGAACACGAUGUCAUCAUGUCCUUAUUAAGUUAUUAUCCCAGUCUUCUGGAGCUGGCAUAUACCUUUGAUCCAUUGGCAAACUUGACCGAGGCGCAGUACGAACUUGUUCCCGGAGGCGAGCAAAUUCUAUGGAGUGAACAGUCUGGUCCCCAAAAUGUUGACUCGAUCAUGUGGCCACGCGCUGCAUCAUCAGCAGAAAUUUUCUGGAGUGGAAAGCAGCCCACCGGCGCUGCACUCACGUCACCGAAGCACUUCCUCGUUUGCAUGACGUCAGGUACAGGAUGGUACAGCGCGGCGUCAAUGCCAUCCAUCCUACUCCAGCCGCAGUGGUGUGCGUUUCGACCGGACCCAUGCGAUAUUCUGCACCGUUGCUUACAAGAUGUGUACAGCUCUCGUUCACCAAAAACUGACUUAUAUCGAGAAAUUUGUGCCUCGGCUUUGCAAGAAGUCACGCGGCAGAAAUGGAAGUUGACGAAAUGUUCGAGUGAUGGAUGCACUGAACAAUGAUUAAUGAUUCACGAAGUAUCCACAUUUUUUUGGCUUGUUUUUGGCAAUAAAUUGUAUCCAUACUAGUACGUGUAUAUAGCCCACAUGGAUAUCUUGACUGGAAUUCUGAAAAUAGCAGGUAGUAACAACACCCGUCCCACGCAUGCAAUAUUUUUAGAUUUACAUAAAACCUAGAACGUUUGAGUCCUGGUGACUCUACCGUACCAGUGAUCAAUGCAUCAGGCUUUACUUGUUCCCGAAGUUCUCCUAGAG